AUGGAUGCCAAGUUCGUCCACCCCCGCUUGGUGCUGCCAACGGAGAUACCCCAGUCCGACAAGGGGUGGUCUUGCGUGAAGCUCACUGAUGAGCGGGCGACGUCGGUGCUGGAGCAGAUGAACACUGACCUGAAGCCGGGCAACACGAAGGCGGCAAAGGUGACAGGGGCCAUGCUCCUGUGGGAAUUCCUGAUGCUGCGUGUGGCCCCGCUUCUGGCGCGCACGCGCCCCUUGUGGAGGCUUGGGGACGAAGAGGACAAGGUUCGCCUGAGUUCGGAAGCCCUGCCUGACGGUGAGCUGGCUGCGGCUCUCCGCCUCCUGGUUGGGGACGACCAAGAGUACCCGCCGAGCGCCUUCGUUCCCUUGUUCCGCCGCAAGGAUGGGGCGCAGAUCGUGGCUGCCAGGCCGACCUUCGACGGGCGCGGGCUGGUGCCGCCGGCGCCCACCGGGGCCCCUAUGGCGCCGACGGCGGUGGAGCUGUCUUCCGAUGAGUCCCGCGGGGAGGAAGAGGAGGAGGACAAGGAGCACGACUUGGAGGUGGCGCCUGAAUGGAUGGGGGAGACCUCCCCCUUGAGCAAGGCCAACAUCCUCUGCACCCUGCCAAACGACGAAAGGACCGACGCCCGCCAGGAGAAGGGAGAACCACCCGUGAUCCCGACGAGGGACCGGACGGCGUUGAUCCCCCGAGAUGCUACUUCCAUUCCGCCGCCGCCCGGGGCUACUUCCGGCCCCUCCGCUGGUCCGUCUUCUGCUCUCGGAGCCCGCGCGCCCGCGCCUCAAGCUUCGAGGCUCUCAGGCUUCAAGCUCAGCAAGCGGAGGGUGGAUUACGCCGCGGUGGACCAGCUGCCGCCUGCGGCGAAGAAGAGAAAGGAUGCAGCGGCCCAGCCCGGGGCUGAACCAUCUGCAGUAGCCGCGCCCCCCUCCGCGAAGAAAGGAAGCGACGGCACUCGCACUUCCCCAGCCCGUUCGUCCUCGCAAGGCCUGGGGGAGCAUCCUCAUGAGGGGUCAGCCCCCGUGGCCCCGCUGGCUCUGGAGGCGUUGGUGUCCGGCCCAGCCGCUGGGGUCACGAAAGCUGAGGAGCCCCCGGUCUCCCAGGCCCUGGUGACGACGUCGUCUCCUCCUCCUGCUGCGCCACUGCUUCCAGGCCCUUCUGUCUCCCCUGAUGUCUUGGAGCCGACGCUGAGCCAGGCCGCGGCGACCUCCGAGAAGGAGAGGCAGGCCGUCGCCCAAGCCGUGGCUGCUCGCGAAGUUGCGUUGAAGGAUGCCGAGAUCGCCCAGGAUCGCUGCCGUGCGCUGGAGGCCGAGCUGCGGAAUCUGCAUGACCUGCGCGCAGAAGAAGCUCGCGGCCGCCAGACGGAGGAGGAGAAGAUGAAGGCCUGGGAGGACGCCGUCAAGGAUCGCGACGCUGAACUGGGAGAGUUGGUGAAGGCGCAGGCUGCGGAACGCAGCCGGCUGGAGGAGCUCGAGCGGAAGGUGGAGGCGGAGAAGGCCGAUCUUGGCGCCAAGGUGAAGGUCCUGACCGAGGACCGCGCGGCCUUCGUGCUCCUCGAGAAGAGGUCCCGUGCGGCGCUGAAGGCGCUUUACGAGAAGGGCUUGGAGAGGCCGCUGACCACCGACGAGGAUGGUCCCGCACAGCUGCUUCCCUACUUGGUUGACGCGCUCGAGGAGGUCGUGAACGUCAAUCGCCGGCAAGGCUCAACCGACUCUGAUGAGCAUGCUCGGCCUAAGAAGAAGAAGACCACCACCAAGAAGAAGAAGUGGGCUCCCUCCACAAGUCCGUCGGCCUCGGAUCCGGAUGAUGAGGACUAUGUUGGGGAGGAAGAGGAUGACUUUGCUCCAAGACACUCUGUUGGCCAGUCAAAACCAGGCACUCGAAGGGCACUGGUGCCUCCGGUCCAUGGUACUGCCAUGCCCGUGGUCCAUGGUCGUCGCAUCUCCAUGGAGCUUCCCGACAGCGGGGACCGCCUCCCACACAACUUCACCACCGUGGGGGCUGGUCCAUACCUUGAGUUUUGA